AGGAGGAGCCGCCGCCGCAGCAUCAAAGAGACCGAAUUCCCGCGGCCUGGGGGGGAGUCAUGCUUUGCGGUCUGUAAUGUCAGCAGAACAGGAGAAGGAUCCCAUUUCGCUGAAGAGAGUUCGAGACACAGCACAAUAGGCAGCUCAGAGGGUGAGAAAGAAACACCCCCUGGCAGAGACCACGAACGAUGCCCUCCACCCCCCCCACCCAAAAAAGUGGUGAUAGUGGACUGGAUGGGUUAGGAGGACCAGGUGUACAACUAGGAAGCCCAGAUAAGAAAAAGCGCAAGACAAAUACCCAGGGGCCUUCUUUUCCUCCAUUGUCUGAGUAUGCUCCACCACCAAAUCCAAACUCUGACCAUCUAGUGGCUGCUAAUCCAUUUGAUGACAACUACAAUACUAUUUCCUAUAAACCACUACCUUCGUCAAAUCCAUAUCUUGGCCCUGGCUAUCCUGGCUUUGGAGGCUACAGCACAUUCAGAAUGCCACCUCACGUUCCUCCAAGAAUGUCUUCCCCAUACUGUGGUCCUUACUCACUCAGGAAUCAGCCACACCCAUUUCCUCAGAAUCCUUUGGGCAUGGGUUUUAAUCGACCUCAUGCUUUUAAUUUUGGGCCACAUGAUAAUUCGAGUUUUGGAAACCCAUCUUAUAAUAAUGCACUAAGUCAGAAUGUUAACAUGCCUAAUCAACAUUUUAGACAAAAUCCUGCUGAAAACUUCAAUCAGAUUCCUCCACAGAAUGCUAGCCAAAUAUCUAACCCUGACUUGGCAUCUAACUUUGUCCCUGGAAAUAAUUCAAAUUUUAGUUCUCCAUUAGAAUCUAAUCAUUCUUUUAUUCCUCCCCCAAACACUUUUGGUCAAGCAAAAGCACCACCCCCAAAACAAGACUUUAGUCAAGGAGCAACCAAAAACACUAAUCAAAAUUCCUCUGCUCAUCCACCUCACUUAAAUAUGGAUGACACAGUGAAUCAGAGUAAUAUUGAAUUAAAAAAUGUUAAUCGAAACAAUGUCGUAAAUCAGGAGAAUAGCCGUUCGAGUAGCACUGAAGCUACAAACAACAGCCAUGCAAACGGGACACAGAAUAAUCCACGACAACCUAGAGGUGCCGCAGAUACAUGCACCACUGAGAAAAGCAAUAAAUCCUCUCUCCACCCAAGCCGUCAUGGGCAUUCUUCUUCUGACCCAGUGUAUCCUUGUGGAAUUUGUACAAAUGAAGUGAAUGAUGAUCAGGAUGCCAUCUUAUGUGAAGCCUCUUGUCAGAAAUGGUUUCAUCGGAUCUGCACUGGAAUGACUGAAACAGCUUAUGGCCUCCUAACAGCAGAAGCAUCAGCAGUAUGGGGCUGUGAUACCUGUAUGGCUGACAAAGAUGUCCAGUUAAUGCGCACUAGAGAAACUUUUGGUCCCCCUGCAGUGGGCAGUGAUGCUUAAUUACAGGCAUUAACUACAGUGGUUUUUUUCUCCUGUGUAUUACAGAGGUUCAGUGACACAGGAUUUUAAUGUUUUACAUUAUUUUUUUAAAUGCACACACAAAAAAGUUAUUUACCUUUUAGUUUUUAUUAAUAACCACUUCAUUGCUAGUGCAAACUUUGUAUUGUUUUUGUUUGCUAUCUUAAAUAAGAAUAAUGUAUAUGGGGGUGCAUUAGAAAGUAAUAUACAAGUAAAUUUUAGUUUGUAAUCAUGAACAUAAAAGCCUCUUGAAGCUUCAAGAUAAUAUAUAGCAAAUGUAGGCAAGUUUUGACUUUUAAAAGUUAGAAUCAUUGAAAAAUGUAUCAGUUGACCCUUGAACAACAGAGGUUUGAACUGCCUGGGCCCACUGAUUUUCAAUAAACACAUACUAUAGUACUACAUGAUCCACGGUUGAUUAAAUUCCAGGAUGCGGAACCACAGUUUUGGGGGGCUGACUAUAAAGUUGUAUUCAGAUUUUUGACUGUUAGGGGGUCGGCACCCCUAGCCCCCGCGUUGUUCAAGGGUCAAGUGUAUUCCAGUGCUGAACUUUGGCAAUAUCAAAUUAAAUAUUUAGUUCAAAAAAAUAUUUGAGGAUCCAUUUAACAUGUUUUCAGAAAGAAUAUAUGUAGUUAAAACAUGGAAGAAAGCAUACAUUCCAAUGAGUUUUUUAAAAAAUAAUAGAGUAUGACACCAGAUUCGUCCCAUAUUAGGGUCCUUGAAAUUAGUGACCUUCAUAUUAUCAACUCAGUCUUUCCAGGAUGUCUGUUUGUAUAGAUAUGAGACAGAUGUUAGCAUAUAGUAGAUGUUCAGUAAGUAUUUGUUGAUUAACUUGUGGAUUGUACCACAUGAAAUUGCUAACAUUAGAUCAGUUGAAAAUUGACUACAAUUAGUAGAGUUGUCAUAAAGGAUUUUUUAGUUGUGCUAUUUAGAAAUAUAACAGUACUAUGCUCUUCACUCUUCAAGUUGAUUAUUGAGUUGUUUUGUUAUUGUUUUCCAGAGAAAUAAAUAAUACAGUAUCCUCAGAAGAAUUGUGAAUACUUUUCUUAAUAUCAUUUCAAACCAGGGACAUAUUGCAAAUGAGAUAGGUAGAAACAUCAAUUUGGCCUUAGAGGGCUCUACUGGCCAAAGAGUGGUGGGUUGAAAAAUCUUGUUCUGGGGAUCUGAAAAUUAAAAAUGAGCCUCAGGGGAGUUCAAAAUCCAUUUCAAGCAAAGAUCAAUUAAGAGCCAAGAUGAGCGCUUACUCACAGUUCGAGGCCCUGCAGCAGACAGGAGUUUCCGCUGUGACUGGGGAAAGAGUAAAAAUGGACCUGAGAGUAUUCUCUUGAGAGAUGAUUAAGAAUGGAGACAGUUGGAGGUGCACUAAUUAAGAUUUGAAACAACAGAAGCCUGUUUUUGGAGUGGAUCGUAACCUGUGACCCAAAAAAAGGAUUCUAUAUGACAAUUGAUAAUAAUUUAUACAAUGGUUGGAUGUUGGUAAAUCUCACAAACUUGAACCAUCUUUGUGACCAAAAAAGUUCUGAAGACUACGUGGUGA